AUGCAAGUCAUGUCUGGUUUAUACUCUCAGAAUUUGAAUUUUUCGCCUGCGAGGUCUGGUUCUCCGAUUAUUAGGAGUAAUACAGAUGUUGAAUUAAGUCAGUACUUGACAGAGCUGUUAGCAGAACGUCAAAAGCUUGUGCCCUUCGUGCAGGUCCUUCCAACAUGCAGCCGAUUAUUGAAUCAAGAAAUAUUGAGAAUCUCUGCAAUGAUCUCCGACCAAAAUAUGGGUGACUAUGACAGACUACUACGUGGAAGCCCUAGCCAUAUGACGACUUUAGACCUCAUUCAGAAUGCUGGAGCUAAAGGAUUAGGAGUCUUUCCAAAUAGUCCUCAGCUUGAGCCGUGGAUGGGAGGGCCAGAUGGGAUGACUGUUGACUGGCAAUCAUCGGGUGGAAGUCCAAAUCAAUAUGUUGUGAAAAGGGUAUUGCGGUUGGACAUACCUGUUGAUAGAUUUCCAAAUUUCAACUUUGUGGGGAGGCUAUUAGGUCCACGGGGUAAUUCGCUGAAGCGAGUGGAAGCUUCAACAGGAUGUCGUGUGUUUAUUAGAGGAAAAGGUUCAAUCAAGGACCCGGACAAGGAGGACAGUCUGAGAGGUAGACAAGGCUAUGAACAUCUUAGUGAACCACUACAUGUUCUUAUUGAGGCUGAAUUACCGAUUAGCAUUGUUGAUUCACGGUUGAAACAAGCAAAAGAAAUCAUAGAGGAACUACUAAAGCCUGUGGAUGAAUCACAAGACUUGUACAAGAGACAACAACUCAGAGAACUAGCCAUGCUCAACAAUAGUUUCAAAGAGGAGAGCCCUCAGCCAAGGGGUAGUCUAUCUCCUUUCAGUUCUAGUGGGAUGAAGCGUGCGAAAACUGGUUGGUCAUAG